GGCCUAUAUCAAACCCUGUGAAUGGAGACCUUUUGGUGAAAAUUCCAGGCUCCUGUGAGAUUUGAAGAACCCACAAACCUUUGAUUUGUUAUGAAAUUUUGGGGGCCACAUGUUCAACUAAUGCGUGACAACAUAGUAUUGUAAAGCUUUUUGUUUAAUGCUCAUACAGGACAAAUUUUCUGCCUCUUGAAUAAAGCACAUCCCAUACAUUAAGGGACUCCUGGCAACCCUAUGCACAGCACAUAGUUAAAUUGUGGAAUUUGAUGGCACAAAAUCCAUGGCUGUCAACUUGGACAGUUUUAAAAGGGAAUUGGAUAAAUUAAUGGAGAACAGGACCCUCAAGGGCUAAUAAUCAGUAUGACUAUAUAUCACCUCCAGUAUUAGAGGCAUCAUUUCUCUCUCUUGGGACCUCAAAAGGAAGUGAGUAGCUUCACUCAUGUCAUGUCCAGCUGAUAGGCUUCCCAUAUUGAUUGGCCACUGUGAACAGAAAGUUGAUUGCAAAGGCCUUUGGUCUGAUUUAACAAGAUUUUUGAUAGAUUGACAUUAAGUAGCUGCCUGGAAAACAAGCAUUUGCUUCACAGAUGAGUAACAGAGAACUGUUAGAAUGCCACAGUCACUAGACAGUUCCUUCACUCGGGUUUCUUUCCUUCCCCAACCUUUUCCAUUUCAAUUGAGUACAUAUUUACCUUUGCGUGUCUCCUCCCAUUUACAGGUGCCACUGUACCAAACUGUGCUUGCUCCACCCUCACCUGGUCACUAACUUAUACUGAUUUCACUUUGCAUUCAGAUUGUAAGAUUUCUCUUUUCUGAGUGCCUUACAGAAAGCUUAGCACAAUGACCAGCUUAGCCAUUAAAUUAGCCAAGGAGAGGGAAGUAUUAGAAGGCUUGGGUUCCAAUGGGAAGGCAAUAAAAUACCUAAAACAGGAUUUUGAGGAGCUAAGGAGGCAGUGCUUAAAGUCUGGUACCCUGUUUAAAGAUGAAGAAUUCCCUGCUUGUCCUUCUGCUCUUGGCUACAGAGAUUUGGGGCCGUAUUCUCCCAAAACCCAAGGCAUUAUCUGGAAACGACCCUCGGAGCUAGUUCCAAAUCCUCAAUUCAUUGUGGGAGGAGCUACUCGUACAGAUAUCCGUCAGGGAGCAUUGGGAGACUGCUGGCUUUUGGCAGCCAUUGCUUCUCUCACAUUGGAUCAAGAAAUAUUAGACCGAGUUGUCCCCAAAGACCAAAGCUUCCAGAAAGACUAUGCUGGGAUCUUUCAUUUCCAGAUCUGGCAAUAUGGAGAAUGGGUGGAUGUUGUCGUUGAUGACCGGCUCCCCACGAAAAAUGGUCAGCUUCUUUUUCUGCACUCUGAAGAAGGGAACGAGUUCUGGAGUGCACUGUUGGAGAAGGCCUAUGCCAAGUUGAAUGGUUCCUAUGAGGCUCUUACAGGAGGAUCUACUAUAGAAGGUUUUGAAGAUUUUACUGGUGGCAUCGCUGAAUCUUAUGAUUUGAGGAAAGCUCCAUCUAACCUGUAUCAAAUCAUACAAAAGGCCUUGCGGUCUGGUUCCCUGUUGGGUUGUUCCAUUGAUAUUGCUAGUGCAGCUGAAACAGAAGCAAUCACAAGGCUCAAACUGGUCAAAGGUCAUGCAUACUCUGUUACUGGAGCUGAAGAGGUUAACUACCGCGGGCAGCCAGUGAAACUUCUCAGAAUAAGAAAUCCAUGGGGUGAAGUGGAGUGGACUGGAGCCUGGAGUGAUAAUGCUCCAGAAUGGAAUUAUAUUGACCCCAAGGAAAAGAAUGCUCUGGAUAAGCAAGCCGAUGAUGGGGAAUUUUGGAUGUCCUUGGCCGACUUUCAAAGGCAGUUUACGAGGCUUGAGAUCUGCAACUUGACCCCCGACACCCUGACAAGCAAUCACCUUCAUAAGUGGGGCAUGACAUUGUUCAAUGGACACUGGCGGCGGGGCUCUACAGCCGGGGGAUGUCAGAACUAUCCAGCAACAUACUGGACCAACCCACAGUUUAAAAUCAGUCUGGAUGAGCCGGACGAUGACCAUGAAGGAAGUGCAAGUGAACCAUCUUGUACGGUGCUGAUUGGCUUGAUGCAGAAGAAUCGCAGGAGGCAAAAGAGGAUGGGGGAAGCGCUGCUCAGUAUUGGCUACUCCAUUUAUCAGGUUCCAAAAGAGUUGGAAAAUCAAACAGAUGUUCAUCUAAACAGAGAUUUCUUCUCAACGAAUAGAUCUGUAGCUCGCUCUGACACGUAUGUCAACUUGCGUGAAGUCUCAAAUCGAUUCCACCUGCCUCGGGGAGAAUACCUGGUUGUGCCAUCCACCUUUGAACCUUUUAAAGAUGGAGAGUUCUGUCUCAGAGUCUUCUCUGAGAAAAAAGCUAAAGCUCAGGAAAUUGGUGACACUGUAGCUGCAAAUCCAUAUGAGCCUCAUGUUGAAGGCAAGGAUGUAGACAACGAGUUCAAGAAUCUGUUUGAAAAGCUUUCUGGGGAGGAUUGUGAAAUGACUGCAAAUGAGCUUCAGACUAUUUUGAACAGGGUGAUAACAAAGCGAACAGACAUUAAAAGUGAUGGAUUCAAUCUAAACACCUGCCGGGAAAUGAUCAGCCUCUUAGAUAACCAUGGCACUGGAAGCUUGGGAGUUGCAGAGUUCAAGAUACUAUGGAUGAAGAUUCAGAGAUAUCUGGAAAUCUAUAAGAAAGUAGAUACUGACCACUCUGGAACUAUAGAUGCACAUGAAAUGAGAGAUGCUCUCAAGGAAGCAGGUUUCACUCUCAACAACAAAGUCCAGCAUACUAUAGCUGCCCGCUAUGCCUGCAGCAAGCUGACCAUUGACUUUGAUGGCUUCCUGGCCUGCAUGAUUCGCCUGGAAACCCUGUUUAAAAUGUUUCAGAUGUUAGACAAGGAAAAACGUGGAACUGUCCAGCUCUCUCUGGCUGAGUGGCUGUGCUGUGCAUUGGUUUGAAGCCGCAUUUCUGAAUUCGUUUGUGGGCCCCUCCACAAUUUCUUUUUCCAUAAAGAUGUUUCUGGAAAAUUGUUUGUGAAAAAGAGAAAAAGAAGCAAUUUCGGUAUCUGGUAAUACACUCUAAUGUGAAAUGACCAUUCAGAAUAAUAAACAAGAUUAUAUGGGAACAACAAA